AUGACCAUGAUCGACAGUAUCAAAUGCAGGCAAGAUGAAGAAAAAGAUUUCAAAAAAAUUAGAAAUUUCAGAAUGGAAGGAAAAAAAAUUACUAAAGAACUUGUGGAAAUUACUGCUUUAGACCAAAUCUUUAUUAAGAUCAGUUCACUGAUGAGACACUUGGAAAGAACACAUUUGGAAGCUAAAGUUGAGGAUGUCUCUUUGACCUCUCCACUUUUAUUGUUAGAGUGUUUUACAGGUUCCGGUUCCAGUCAAUGCAACAAAAAUAAUAUUGUUAUUCAAGGUCGAUUGUUUACAACAAGCAUUGCGGUUCCUGGCUCAAUAUUGAAUAAUGCCCAGUCUGCUGAGUUGAAAACUUAUUUGGUUGGACAAUUGUUCUUCAAGAUUUUCUUCACUAAUGUUGACGCAGUUUUCAUUGCUUUAAUAUGUUUCAAUGAUAAAUUUCAUCGUUUCAUCUACUGA